UCACACUAAGCCGUGAGAGGAAUUAGAUGCUUACUGCUCCAACAGAUCAAGGUAGAAAAAUCUAUUCCAAAGGAGGAGAGGAUGACAGCGGAGCAGAGCUGACACUGACAGGUUGAAGAAGAGUGAUUUGUUCUAACUAGAGAAGGCAGGCACUGUUUUGAAAAUGUUUGGAAACACUGGACCUUUCUCUUAUGCCCCGAGGGGAUUCACACCAGAUGACAUCCCUCAGAUGAGACGAGCUAUCCUGCAAGAUGACUAUAAAAGUUCUCCUCUGCAGAGAAACAACAUGUCCAGACCCAGUGGAAGAUCAAUAUAUAUGCAGAGAAAGGAGUACUCAGAUGAGCUGAACAGAAAACCUGACAACCUUCAUGUCAGAGUGGAGCACCUGUUCACCUGUGAGCUGGACGGCCAGGAGGUGAAGACAGUGGAAGGCUGCGUUGCAAAGCUCAAAAGGCUGGAUGCUAAAGGCCGCGUGUGGUCUCAGGAGAUGAUCAUGGAGGUUCAGAGGGGAUAUCUGCUGCUCAGCGACAUUGAGACAAAGGCCGAGCUGGAGGUGCUGCCUCUGGCCUCAAUCCUGCAAAUCAAAGCUGUGCUGGACAGCUGCGCCUACAACUCUCUGCUGACGAUCACUGUGGCGGAGAGAAAUAAAAGCCUCUCCCAGGUCUACAUGUUCCAGUGUGAGGAGACUGGGGCGAAGCUCAUCAAGACUGACCUUGAGAAGGCUGUUCAAAGAGGAGGAGAUGUGGAUGUGGAGCCACGCAGGGAGCAGCCUGACAUCAGGAGUGAUCUGGAGAAUUUGAUUGGGCAACAUGGUCCAGGAAGUUUCCGACAGGCUGGCCAGCGUCCCAUUCAGAGAGAGAGAAGCCCACCACCUCCACUUGACCACCCACCCCCUCGGUGGAUCAGCAGAGAGCCAGAAAAUAUGCCGCCUCCACGAGGCUACAACCCACACGAACCUCUAGACCCACCUGAUUUCUACGAUUCACAGAUGAGUCAAGAGGUCCCUUUUUUACCUGAGCUUACAGACUCAGAGAGGAACACGGAAAUUUUAAAUCACAUCAUAAUUGAUAUGGAGAUCUUUAUGCAAAAAGUUGCUGCUGCAGCAAACCCACCAGCACAGCAGGAGAACAAGAACAAGAAGAAAAUGGGGCUUAUGAUGAAAAAAUCAAAGAAAAAAGCUGCCAGUCUGCCAUCCUGGCCGGAGUAUACCUCUUGUCUUCAGAAAUUCAAAUAUGGCUUCAAUCUGCUGGGCCAGCUGGACGGGACACUGACUAGCCCCACUGCUCCUGAUUUUGUCCACAUCUUCUUCACUUGUUUAGAGAUGAUAUUAUCUCAGUAUCCUCCAGACCUGACGGCUUCUGUGGUGUCCCCUCUGCUGACGGUGUCGGCCUUGCGACUGCUCAGUCAGGUGGUCAGCCCAGAGGAGGACGACCUGUGGAGGUCUCUGGGAGAUUCCUGGAACAUCCCUAGGUCCAGAUGGCCGGAUGACGACAUCCCGCUUUACAUCCCAGACUUCUACGAUGGGUGGCAGCCGCCUCCUUCUUCAGGCAUGUCUGCCCAGCUCCCUUAUCAGAAUGGUCCAUCGAGAAGCAACAGCCAGCACUUUGCUUCGGACUUUCGCCAAAUGGAGGAGCCCAUGUCCAACGGUCCAUGGAGCUCACCACCACCACCACCACAACCCAGUGAGCCUCCUCUUUACAUGCGGGUCAUUUACAACUUCAUGGCCAGAAACAACCGAGAGCUGAGCGUGAUGAAGGGUGAUGUGGUUCUGGUAAUUCAGAAAUCAAAGCAAUGGUGGCUUGUUCGCAACUCCGGUGAUGAGGAAGGGAACGUUCCUCAAAAUGUUCUGGAGCCAAUGGAGAGCGGCAGGCCCAUGGAAGAACAACAACGGGGCAGAGGUGCAGUGACACUGGACGCGACUUCUUCACCUGCAGAUGUCAGAGCCUGGCUGAACUUUAAAGGUUUCUCUAAGCUCACGGUGAGCACACUCGGAGUGCUCAGUGGUAAGCUGCUUCUUGGAAUGUCAAAGGGUGAGAUCAGGACUGUGUGUCCAGAGGAGGGAGGAAAGGUCUUCUUCCAGCUUCAGGCUGUUAGGUCAGCCAUUGCACUCGCAAGUGAGCCAUCAGACCUAUACAAUGGUCGCUACUAAGAAAACAUGAGUGCUUCUUCAUCUUUUCUCAUGAAACUUCAUCUACUCAACAUCUGGAACUAUUGGUGUCUGAUCUUGUCAUGAUUUGUACAAUUUUGUGUAGGUGGCUGCCUUCUCAGCCUUUAUUUAAGAGAAACAACUUUGUGAAUAAAACCUCUACUAUUGAUGGCUUAACAUAAAAAAAAUACAGCAUAUUAUUUUAAUUAUUGUAACAUUGUAAUUAUGAUGUACUUCUUCAUAUUUCAUGUGUAGUUAUCCUAAAUUUGAUCAAACCAAACAGAAAAUCAAUCUGACACUAAUGUUAGACUGAAAUAAAAACCAUGUGUUUCUCAACAUGUACAACUGUACACCCUGUUGUAUUUUUCUCAGAUUGAUUUGUAGAUGUGCUUUGUACAUAAACAGGGAUGUUGAAAUUGACUAUCAAACUGAAAGAAUCUAUUCAGAACGACUUUAAUUCAUCAAUAAAACUCUGUUCAAGAUGCA